UCGACGACUGUCAGUACGAGACACAACUCGAACGUAUAAAAACGUUUGACAUUGUGUCAGAAGGCGCGAGAUAUUGAGCAUGUAAAUAAUACGUCUUGUAAAAUCAUAAUAGAGAAAUUCAAAUAUUAAACAUCAUUAUGGCGGCUAAUAAUUUAAAAUAUCUCUUACUUGUGUCCAGUGUAAUUUACUGUAGUAUUGUCAACGGGUUCGCUGUACCUUUCGAAGGAUUAUACGACUUAGACAUAAUACAUUACAACGAUUUUCAUGCUAGAUUUGAAGAGACCUCGGUCAUUUCUCCAAUAUGUCGGUUCAACAAUAAUUCGUGCUUGGGCGGUUUUCCACGCCUUUACCAUGAAAUUCAGGUUCUUUUGAACGAGAAGCCUGAUGCGAUCUUGUUGAAUGCAGGCGACAGCUUCCAGGGUACUUAUUGGUAUACCUUGCUGAAAUGGAACAUUACACAGCAGUUCAUGAACAUGUUACCGCAUGAUGCACACGCAAUUGGUAAUCACGAAUUUGACGAUGGCCCAUCUGGUCUUGCUCCAUACCUAGCCGCACUCAAAGCUCCUGUAGUUGCUGCGAACAUGGACACCACAAAUGAGCCUUCUCUGCAGGGGUUAUACAAACCUUAUAUUGUAGUCGAAAGAAAGGGCAGGAAGAUUGGGAUCAUUGGGUUGAUUACCACCGAUACUGCGAAAUUAUCUUCGCCGGGCAACGUAGUAUUCACGGAUCCGCGGGAAGCUCUGAAACGUGAGGCGAAAGCGUUGACUGAUAAAGGAGUCGACAUCAUUGUGCUCCUGUCGCACUGUGGCCUCGAGGUUGACAAAGAGCUGGCUCGCGAUUACGGGCAGUAUGUAGAUGUUAUAGUAGGAGGGCACACACAUUCACUACUUUGGAAUGGCCCUUCACCCAGCGGGGAAGAAGUAGCUGGACCGUACCCAAUCUUCAUAGAGAAUACCGAUGAUGGAAAACAGGUGAUGAUCGUGCAAGCUUCUGCAUUUACUAAAUACAUGGGAAAUUUGACGCUAUCUUUCGAUUACCGUGGCGAGCUUGUGAAAUGGCAAGGCGGUCCUAUUUUCCUCAACAGAUCUAUAGCUGAAGACGAAGAUAUUAAAGCCAAAUUGGCACCUUAUGCUAAAUUGGUGCAUGAAGCUGAGAAUGUUCCUGUUGGCGAAACACGAACUACUCUGAGUGACCAGGAUUGUGUUUUCGGAGAAUGUGCUUUGGGAGAUCUGUUGAUGGAUGCAUUUAAUGAAUAUGGAAAAAAUAAUGUGAAUUCCAAUUAUAGCUUUCUGUCGUUCAUGCAACGUGGUAACAUUAGAGCUCCGAUACCAGAAGGAAACAUAACACAAGGCGUAAUAUUUGAAUUGCUACCAUUCAACGACAAAGUGCAAUCAUUCGAACUUAAAGGCAAAUACGUACGAGAAGCAUUGGAGAGGAGUGUUAGAGAUGCAUGGGCAUAUGACCCAUUCAAGGGACCUUGGGUGUUACAAGUAGCUGGACUACGAGUGGUAUACAACGUGACCAAACCAGAAGGGGAACGAAUAGUAUCAGUAGUGGUUGGAGAUAAAAAUGGUACUGAUUUAGACCCUGAGCAGACUUACCAAGUGGUCACGCCUUCGUAUUUAGGUGACGGGGGCGAUGGUUUUACGAUGUUCAGUGAAGGCAGAAGCAAUGUACAAGUAAUAGGUCGUGACCAGGUGAUCGUGGAAAAUUACAUCAAGGGGAAAUCUCCAAUCAACAUCAGUACUGAUGGAAGAAUUCAAAUAUUACAAUAAAUAACGCAUCUUAUUCACAUAUUGCAACCACGAUUGAAUCCCUAUACGCAUCGCAAUUAUUUAUCUAUAUAUACUUAUAUAGAGCUCAUUUUCAUAAAACAUAUAGUCCCAUUUUACUUUUUAUAUCAUUUAACUAUCGUUCCCAUAUUGCUUAAAUUAAGAAGUAUUUUGUUCGAAAUAAUAUUCAAAGUUGUUACGCAAGUAUUUCGUCCUUGUCAACUGAGAAGAGAAGAAAACAACCAACUGACAGUAUUCCUUUCGUUAAUUGGGAACAUUGUCGAUCCGGAUAACAGAGAGAUGUAGGUUCGAAUCCCGUCGGGUGGAGUAGUCGGGAGGUAACUUUUGUUUUUAAUAUUUGCACGCUUGCCCGAAGUAGAUUAUGUAAAGUAUUUUUAAUUUAUAAGAUAUAAAGUUUGAUAUCCAUAAUCAUAGCAAAAAAAAAAAAAAUAUUACUAUUAUUAUUUAUUUAUUUAACACUUUAUUGCACCAACAUAACAGGAUUUGUUGAACAAUUUUCAAUACGUAUAGUGUAGUAGAAAACGCGGUCUUAUUGUUAAGCAAUCUCUUCCAGACAACCUUUGGGUAGAAAGAAUUAAAGCAUAAAUAGGUAGGUGGCUUAAAAAAAAAUAGAUCUGUAAAGUGUUACUAUUCUGUUACUUUUCUAACUUGUACAUUUCAAAAUAGAUUAACAAAUGUAUCCACUUAAUUUUUCUACCUAAUUUUGCUUAAGUUUUAACAUAUAACAAUGCUAUUAUGCCAAACAAAAAAGAACUAAGAUAUUUAUUAUAUAAUAUAAUGAUAUUUAAUCUGAUAAAAAGUAACGAGAAAAAUUUUAUCGUCAGUUUUAUUGAAAUAAGUUUAAACACUAAUAUUUAUACCUAUCAUCAAGCUAGAUAGAUGAUAGAUUAAAUAGUAAGUGAACUAAGUAUCAAGGUUCAAUGCCUUUUUAAUAACUUAUUUUGAUAAGAUUAACAUCUGUUUUUCAAAAUAUUUAUUGAUAUUUUCAUAUAUUAUACGCAGUUAAUGUAAUUCUUAAGAGAAAGAACUAAUAUCUCAGAAGUUAAAAUAUAUAUUUAUAAUAUCAUUAUUACUUCCAGAUGUAUUUGUAACUUUAGAUUUGUUAAUUUGUAAUAAUUAAAUAAGAGAAUUUUUACUACAAUGCUAUAGUAAUUCUCAGUCACUAUAGCAUAUAUAUUAUGACUACAGUCCAGUCAUGUAUAAACGAUAUAUCUCCUUUGAAAUACACUACCUGAGGAGAUAAAACAACAUCCUUUCUCAGAACACCUUAAAAUUCCUAUCACUGACAGGAAUUAGCAGCGAACUUUGAAAAAGGGCGAGUACAAAUGAUCACAGAGGUCGCAGUGUUACAAGUCUUUCUGUCUGACUAAGCCCAUUUUUUCAAUAUUAAUAAUUCUCAGUUUAAUACUAAAAAAAUAAUAAAAUAAAACUGCUUAAAUAUUAACACAAAAAAAUUAUACUUGGACUAUACUUGGAAUAUGCACUUAAUAAAUUCAUUACUAAAUAAUUAUAUAUUGCAUUAUAUUGUAAGGUCGAUAUGCUUUCUAUAAUUCUAUAAAUUACUUUUAUGUUGUUGUAAUGUCCCAAAGAAUUAAUUGUAAUAAUUGUAUUGUAAUAAGUAUAUGUGUUUAUUUAAUUGAAAGUAGGUUUAUUUGAUCAUUAUAAGGAAUCAACAAUUGAGGAAGAAUUUUUCUCCUAAAGUUCAACGGACACGUUUACACAGAGCGUUCCUAAUCAUCAUGUAAUCACUCGACAUCUGUAAAAUGUCGUUGGACUACUGGUUGUUCCUUACACUGUGGUUUAUAAAUUUAAAUAAAGUUACUUAGAGCUCCAGAAAGGGUACAAAGGGCCUGAAUAAUUUGCAUUCUAUUUUUACACAACUGCGAAGAAACAGGAUUGCAAUGAUGGAUAACGUAAAAAAUACUAGAGAUAGCUGGAUUAUCUGUAUUUUUUAAUAAUAUAACUAAUGUAACUAAAAAAAUUUAAUAAUUUAACCUUUGU